UGUCCAUCGACAGACAGCUUUCAAUCACAACAAAAUCCACAUUAAUUCGCCGAAAUUUCUUCGAUCAGGAAAAAUGGUCCAUGAGAUUGAAAGUGAUUACCCAACAGAAAUCUCUGAACGGUUAAUAGAGCUCGCUGAGGAAUAUAAAGACGGCGUUUUCACCGAGAAGGGCUAUGUGAUGAAAAAGCUGAAGCUUAUAAAACCGUUGUUGGCCGACUCAGUACAGGAAAAGAUUCAGAAAGCUCAAGAUGAUUACAAAGAAGGGAAAUCAACCGAAGAGCAGCUUAUAAACCAGUUGAAAGACCUACUCUCUCAGAUUGGUCACAGAGCUAGCAAUGGAUGUGGUGCCAUUCCAUUAUCUCCAGCAUCAGCUAAUGAAGAUCAAAAUGGCUCUGUGCCAGCUUUGAAAGAAGAACGAAUGGAGACGGGAGAAGCAGCCCUCAGCAAUACUCUAUUAAGUGAAACAAGAAGUAAUGACGAGGCUGAUCGUGAUGCUGGUGCUUCAGGAACAAACUCUGAUGAAAUUAUGCAGACUGAUGACUCAGAUGAUAAGCCAAUGAUUAACCCAACUACAGGGGCUUCAGAUGGAAAUUCAGUCGAAAGCCAUAAUGAAGAUGGAGCUCAGACAGCUUUAUUAUCCACCAGCAAAGGAGGGUCAUCUUUGCCAUUAAAGAAAUCCUCUCCUGACUCAGAGGAUAAGAAAAAAUCCAAACUGAGAAAAGAGACUAGCCGGCAACUUGGUAUCAAAGAGAUGUUUACCAAGGGGCCUGUUAAAAGAAAGAAUACAAUAGAUGAUACUGAAGAUGCUGGUAAAACCAAUGAAGAUUCACCAAACAAUGUCAAUAGCAAAGUUAACAAACGUCUUAAAAUGUCAGAGGAUGGAAGCACUGGUGAAAAAGAAAUAGAAUUGUCAGAAACAGAAACAGGAAGUGGACCAGAGAGAUAUAAGUUAAGAGAAUCUUCUGUAGCAGUAAAGUGUGAAGGGGAAAAAACACAGCCUCCUGUCAAGUGUAAGGAGUGUAAGCAACUUCUGGACAGUUCUGACUUGCGACUUUUUCUGGGUGAUGGUGAUGAUGCAGUUGAAGAAUUUGUUGCCUUAACGGAUCCACGCUUGUCCCUGUUCUCUGGUGAAGAGGAACAAUUUGACAGCUAUAAUGACAGACCACAACACAAAAUAACAAAUUUCAGCAUCUAUGACAAGAACACCCACCUCUGCCCUUUUGACACUGGCUUGAUAGAAAAAAACAUAGAACUAUUCUUCAGUGGAUACCUUAAACCAAUCUAUGAUGAAAAUCCAAGUCCAGAAGGUGGAGUUCCCACUAAAGCUUUAGGACCAAUCAAUGAGUGGUGGACAACAGGAUUUGAUGGAGGAGAGAAUGCUCUCAUUGGUUUUACUACAGCCUUUGCAGAGUACAUAUUGAUGCAGGCAUCUGAGGAAUAUAUGCCCUUUAUGAACCUUAUGAAAGAGAAGAUUGCCAUGAGCAAGAUUGUCAUUGAGUUCAUACAAGAUAAUCCAGAGGCAAGAUAUGAGGACUUGCUAAAUAAAGUACAGACUUCUGUGCCUCCAGAAAACUGUUACACUUUUACCGAAGACACUUUGUUGAGACACGCCCAGUUCCUUGUGGAACAGGUGGAAAGUUAUGACCAAGCAGCUGAUGAUGAUGAGGUCCCUCUGUUGGUGACACCAUGCAUGAGUGCUCUCAUUAAGCUAGCUGGAGUUACACUUGGAAAAAGACGUGCUGCAAGGGGAGUGAAAGUCCGACUAGACAAGAUAAAGAAAGAUACAGGCCCAUCAAAAGCCACCACUACACCCCUAGUGCGGAACAUAUUUGAUAUUUUCUUCCAAGAUCAAAUUGAUGGUAAAGAAACAAGAACAACUCGAAGGAAGCGAUGUGGAGUUUGUGAGGUGUGCCAGCAGCCAGAUUGUGGAAAGUGCAAAUCCUGCAGGGAUAUGGUCAAGUUUGGGGGAACUGGGAGAAAGAAACAGUGCUGUGAAGAAAGAAGAUGUCCUAACUUGGCUGUUGAAGAAGCAGAAGAUGAUGAAGAAGCCAUUGAAGAAAGUGAAGAAAUUAAGAAAAUGAGACCUAACAAGGAAAUGGUAAAAAAGAAAGAAACAACACACAAAACUGCAAAGUCAAAGAAAGGGAAAAAUGAGACCAAAGUUGAGUGGAUAGGAGAUCCCAUGGAAGUCAGUGGAAAGAAAAAGUACUACUCGUCAGUUCUCAUCAACAGCCAAGAGAUUCAUGUGGGAGAUUUUGUGAAGGUUCGUCCAGAGGAUCCUCAUAUGCCACUCUUUAUUUCCUGUGUGUGCUACAUGUGGGAGGCAGCAAAUGGUGACAAGCUGUUUCACUGCAGAUGGUUCAGCCGUGGCUCAGAUACCAUUUUGGGUGAAACAAGUGAUUCUACUGAGCUGUUCCUUGUGGACGAAUGUGAUGACAACCCUCUUGGCUCUAUUGUACAGAAGUGUGUUGUGGCGCAUAAGUUACCAGAAGCUGAUUGGUUCCAGAGGGGAGGACUUGAAGAGCAGGAAGCUGACAGCAUGAUGGAAGAGGAUGAUGGGAACACAUUUUUCUAUCAGAAAUGGUACGAUUGUGAACGUGGUCGAUUUACAGAUCCCCCCUCAGAGUACACUACUGGUAAAGAUAGGAGAGGAAAUUAUAAAUAUUGUGAGAGUUGUAGGCGACAGACAGCACAAGAGCAGCUAGAAACUCCAACAGUAAAGGAACCGUUGGAAAGGGAAUCAAAACCUUCUUCUAAAACAUAUUACAAAUCGUGCAACGUAAACGGCGUGCAAUACAAGCUAGGAGAUUGUGUUUUCCUUACGCCAGAGGCAUUUUCAUUCAACGUUAAGCCGAAAGAGACCAAGAAAGGCUUCAAGAAGAAAGAAAUGGUUGACGAGGUGGUUUAUCCCGAGUAUUACAGAAAACCCACUGAGUAUGUUAAAGGAAGUAAUUAUGAUGUACCACAACCAUUUAAAAUAGGUUGCAUUGUAAACAUCUUCACGAAAUCAAGUUCCGGGAAGUUAACAGAAGAACUUGAUAUUAUGCUGACUGUUAAUAAAUUCUACAGGCCAGAGAAUACUCACAAGGGAUCAAGUUUUGGCCACCAAGCAAAUCUGAAUUUGUUAUAUUGGAGCAAAGAAGAGGCAACUAUUUCUAUUGACGACGUCACGGGCGGGUGUGUGGUAACUUGUGGAGAGGAUCUAAACUGUUCAGUUGAAGAAUAUACAGCCAAAGGAAUUCAUUAUUUUUACUUCUUAGAGGCAUACAACAGUGAAACAAAAGAGUUUGAGGAGCCUCCGAUCGAGGCGCGAAAUGCUGCGAUGAAAGGAAAGGGUAAAGGGAAGGGAAAAGGAAAGGGAAAAGGGAAAGCCUCCACUGAAACAGAACAUCAGAGCCCAAAAAAAGAUUUCAGUGGUAAAGCGAAUGAAACAGUCGCCAAACUGCGGUGUCUUGAUGUUUUUGCAGGCUGUGGCGGUUUGUCAGAGGGUCUUCAUGAAGCAGGCGUGGCUGAGUCCUGUUGGGCCAUAGAGAAGGAGGAGCCCGCCGCAAGUGCCUUCAGUUUAAAUAAUCCCGGAUGUACUGUGUUCACCGACGACUGUAACUCGCUGUUGAAGCUUGUGAUGGAUGGUGAAAAGAAGAACCCCAAAGGACAAACACUACCCCAGAAGGGGGACGUAGAGCUGUUAUGCGGUGGUCCCCCCUGCCAAGGAUUCAGUGGAAUGAACCGUUUUAGUUCACGGGACUACUCCAAGUUUAAGAAUUCUCUGGUCGCAUCCUACCUCAGUUACUGUGAUUACUAUCGGCCGAAGUUUUUCAUUUUGGAGAAUGUUCGCAACUUUGUCUCUUUCAAGCGCAGCAUGGUGUUGAAGCUAACCCUGCGCUGCCUUCUUAAGAUGGGAUAUCAGUGUACGUUUGGUGUUCUACAGGCUGGUUGCUAUGGCGUUCCACAGACUAGGCGGAGAGCCAUUAUAUUAGCGGCUGCUCCAGGUGAAGUGUUGCCGCUGUACCCUGAGCCGACGCACUGCUUCUCUCCCCGGGCCAUUCAACUCACGGUCAUGGUCGACGACAAGAAGUUCCAAUCGAACAUUACUCGGCUAUCGUCGGCUCCCUACCGAACAAUCACUGUACGUGACGCCAUGUCAGAUCUUCCGGAGAUCAGGAAUGGCGCGUCCAAUGACGAGAUCUCUUACAAUGGGGAUUCGAUUUCUCAUUUUCAAAGACAAAUGCGCGGCCGUCAAGACCAGCCAGUUCUACGAGACCACAUUUGUAAGGAAAUGAAUCCUCUUGUUGCAGCACGCAUGCGUCAUAUUCCUACAGCCCCAGGAUCAGACUGGAGAGAUUUACCUAACAAUAUUGUCCGUCUGUCCGACGGUACUUACUCCAGCAAACUAGCUUACACGCACGAUGACAAGAAAAACGGUCGUUCAUCCAACGGCGAGUUACGAGGAGUUUGUUCAUGCGCAGAGGGCAAGCCAUGUGACCCGGCUGACCGUCAGGUUAACACUCUUAUACCAUGGUGUCUUCCACAUACGGGAAACCGCCACAAUCACUGGGCGGGGCUGUACGGUAGACUGGAGUGGGACGGGUACUUCAGUACAACCAUCACAAAUCCUGAGCCCAUGGGAAAGCAGGGCCGAGUCCUUCAUCCACAGCAACACAGAGUUGUCAGUGUGAGAGAAUGUGCUAGGUCCCAGGGAUUUCCCGACGCUUAUCGAUUCUAUGGCAGCAUCAUCGAUAAACAUCGACAGGUCGGAAAUGCAGUGCCACCGCCCUUAGCGGCCGCUAUUGGCCGUGAAAUAAAGAAAUGUUUGACUGCUGGAUCCAAGUAUAAAUCGCCAGAAUAAAAACACGCAGUGCAAGCUGGCUGUGUAUACCUUUUUGCGAUCCUUGCCGCGUCAAGGCGUCACAUAUGAUUUGUGAAACCAGUAUUCGCACGCUGUGCGCUCAAAUCUUCGAAUACAUAUGUAUUUUUUCACUCGAAAGCUGGACCACUUUUAACAGCAGACAGUUAGGCUCAUUUCAUUCAAACGUUGAAUAAAAGCUAGUGAUAUCUCGUAAUUGCCUUUGUGGUUUAUAUCUCUGCAAAUAUCAGCGUCCUCAGAGCAAAGUGUUGUCUCUGUUCCAAAACUGCCUCCACAAGCAAAGCCGUUGGCCAAAGUCUCCGAAUCUUUUCGAAAGAUUACCUCAAUUCAAGUGGCUUUGUAAAGCCAUGUUCCUUCUCUAUUUUUCCAAUACUGGCAGAGUUGGUGGAAAAUGGGAUUACCAUUGCAAACUAAUCUCAAAAGAGGAUUAAUCAGCCGCAACGCGAAGAAAGCCUCCACCUAGAAACUAAAUAUUAUGAAAAUGCUAUAAAUUUUACGGUCAGCGUCAAAUGAAUGACUUUGACAAGCUGCAAGAGAACAACUUGCCUGUAUUAAAAUAAGCGAAUCAUUCGUCAGAACGAAUGAUUCGCUCUGACCAAGGGCUAACGCUCGAAACGUCAGCUUUUUAACUCGGCAGUUACGGUGGCCAAUUUACAAUUUCAGCUUAGUUGAUAUAACCAAUUACCUUGAUAAGGAAUGGGAACGAUUCAGGAUGGAAAGGAUUUGUCAAAUUCAAAAAGUUUCAAUUAAAUUUUCAAAGAUACAAAUACUGCGGCGAAACUAUCUUUUUUCAGCCCUUAGAAACAACACUCGUGUUAAGUGACAUCUUUAAGUGAAAAUAGAUAUGUUUAAUAGGUUCAUCGUCAAUUGCAAAUUACCCAACCACUGAAAAUUUAUUGUACAAAAAUGAUGCAAAAAUAAAAUCAACGAUAAUUCAAGAUACCAUUCUUGACCUGACUUACAGAUAAAUAUAUCAACAUAUAAUUUAAAAUAUUCAACAGAGAAAAUGGUCUCAGGGAAAACAUCAAACAAAUCAAAACAAAAUGCCUGUCUUAACUUUACAAAAAUGAAAAAAGUAUAAUUUCCCGAGAAAUAUUAGGUUGAGAUAAGUAAACCUCCCAGAACUGCUACUUGCAAUAAUAAUAUUAGCUUGAGCAUAGUUAGUGUUUUGUCUUCACUCAUUUAGAGGACAAGUAUAUGAGUCAGAAGGAGAACUUCUGGCACGAUCUAAGGAGUAAGAGGGUUCAAAAUAUCGACAUAAAUGAUCAUGCCCAUAAUCAUAAACGUGUGUUGAACUGCACUCGUUUGCUUACAGGACUGAUUUGCCUUAAAACAAUACAUUACUGAAUUCUUCAAGGACACCGCCUUCCCAUUCACAAUUCGAAAUCUAAGAUACAAAAAAAAAAA